AUAUACGACAGGUAUAGCUAAGUAAUACAUACCGAGUAGACAAUCGCUGUAUAAAAACAUGUAUUCCUCAUAACAAUAGACAAAAAAGCGACAAAAAUAUAGUAAUUUUUUUCUGUUAACUCAUCCAAAAACUCGUAUAAUAAUAGUAUUUUGUAUAACAAAUAUAUAUUAAACUCAGAAAUGGCUGUUAGUUGCGGUGGAUCUGUGAUUAAAAUUGUAUUAUUUGUGUUCAACUUCAUCUGGGUGUUAUGUGGGGCGGCCAUCAUAUACCUGGGCGUUCGGGUUAUCCUAAAAUACACGCCCGAUGUGACUGAUGUGGUGAAAGAGACCCCGGCAUAUUCAGCGAUAGUGCUGUUAGUGGCGGGAGGGCUCAUACUAGUGGUCAGCUUUUUAGGCUGUUGUGGUGCUAUCCGUGAGAGCUAUUGUAUGCUUAACACCUACGGCGGACUCGUAUUCCUAUGUCUGGCAGCACAGGGUGUCGGCGCUUAUAUGGCCAUCAAAUACAACCACGAUUUGGAGCAAUACGUGAACAAAGGCAUUAAGUCAGCACUGGAUGCCUACAAAUGGGAGUUACCCGAGGAUGAGGCCACCAAUCGUGCCAUCAAUGAGUUCCAGAAGCAGUUGCAGUGCUGUGGAGGCAAAGACAGAUACGACUGGAACGGGGUUUAUGGCAAACCAGAGGGUCUAUUCCCGGGGUCAUGUUGCAAGGAAAACGCUAAUAAAGUGGAUGGCAAGUGUAUCGAAAGCAAUACCUGGGAUAAGGGCUGCACUAAAGCCCUAAUCGACUACAUGAAGCUAUAUCUCGGAAGUUUAGGCUAUAUAGCCAUCGGCGUGGCUGUGGUGGAGAUCCUGAUCGUUAUAUCUGCCUGUUGUCUGUCCCGUGAUAUCAAGAAUAAAUACGCCACGUAUUCCAACCCUAAGGCCCGGGCCUAGAGCAACGGUAUGUGUACCCAACGGUAUGGUCUACAUGUAUCAUAUAGCGAGCCUACAAUUAACACACG